UCGCAGAAGAAGAUAAUUGCUAUCAAUCCGAGCUGAUCAAAUUUUUCUGUCGCUCGCCGAUGUCGUGUGCGGAGUGUCAAACGAUAAGAUCCUCUCGAAUAUUCUCGCUAGACUAGGAGAUGACUCACUCGAUUUCAACUCUGCGUUUCGCCGCAACAUGUCUGUUUUAUUGCUUGAUAAUUCAGGGUCUUGAUGCUCGAAGAUUGCCGAGACUGUCGGGCGGUGCUGGGGCAGAUCCAUCUGCUAUUUUUUAUCAAGCGUCCUUGAGGAGUGACGACUAUCAUUUUUGCGGUGGUGCUAUAAUAAGCGAGAAGCACAUUCUCACUGCUGCACACUGUGUCGCUGAUUUGUUUGCACCACCUUACGAUGAUUUAACAGUGGUCACGGGGACUGGUGCACUGCGAGGUGGUAAUCAACAUGAAGUAUUCAAUGUCAGUUGGCACAAGGGGUUUCAGCUGCUGGUUCAUGCUAAUGACAUUGCUGUUAUUACUUUGAGAAACAAGAUAAAUUAUAAUGAAAUUCAAAGACCAGCACUACUACCGAAAUCCCCAGCGCCGCACAACGCGAAAGGUGUGAUAAGUGGAUUUGGGCGGCUAAAACAGAACAAUAUAUAUCCGUCGAAGAGCCUUCAGAAGAUUUCCGCCGUCGUCAUCAGCAGGGAUGAGUGUCAGAAAUUUGUCAACUAUACGCUUUUGCAGGGUCAGAUCUGUGGUGCUGCUCCAAGAGGCGUCGGCAUCCAGAAGGGAGACAGCGGCGGGCCUUUCGUGGUGGAUGACGUUGUCGUUGGCAUAGCAUCAUGGAAUAUUCCGUGGGAUCCGGUGGCUCCUGACGGCUACACUGAUGUGUACGAAUACCUGGACUUCAUCCACAUGAUUAUGAAACAAAAUAAUUAGUUCUGUUGGAAGCAUUCGUCUGGACGACUAUUGAAACCCAAUUUACGUUUUGUUUGUUGAAUUUAUUGAUUGGUGGUGACCAUUCGCCAUUUUUGCGAUGGAAAUAUUGUAUGACGUCAGGAUACUCAGAAUGGAAUAAAGAGAAUAAUGAAAAAGAAAAA